AUCUGUCUUCCAGAAUGUGGUCGUCAAGGUUGAGACUCUCUUGGGGUUCCUAGGAACUAGCAUCAAUUGUUAUUUAGAUAGGUAAUGCAAGUGGUUGAUGGGUGUUGUCACUCCAUAUUGAAAUGAGAAAGGAAGGUCAGCUAGAUUACCUAUUCUGAUAUGUCGUUGUUAGUAAAUUGUACUGGAGUCAGCAUUACAAUUUGGUGUUAGUAAAUGGACUCAGCAGGUUACUCUAUACUGGAGUCAGCGGUACAAUUUGGUGUUAGUAAUUUGUUUGUAUGUCUGUUGUAAUUUGUGGGUAGUGCUCCAGCUUCAGUGUUAAUUUUGUAGUUAGACAGACUGAUAACAGGUCGAGAGAGAGGGAGAGGAUUGUCACUAGGGUCAUCAUCUCGAUUUGCACUGCACUAUCCUAGACUAUCAUUAGUUUAUUUUAUUUUUCUCGACAGAAUUAGUAUAAUUAUUAGUCUAUUUCUUGGUAUAAAGAAGGACCAAAUCCCAGUCAAGUGCAUCCAAAGAUUCAGUCGGACACGAGAUUCUUUCCUUAUUUUCAGGUUUUUGCUCCGCCAACUUUGAUCCACAUCGAUAACUUACUCUUCAUGUUAUAGGUGCUAAGUUAUAGUAUUUCGUUGCAGAACUGCAUUGGGGCAAUUGAUGGGACACAUGUUCCCAUAACAAUUUCAGGAGAAAAAGCCGCACCAUUCAGAAAUAGGAAAGGGACCCUAAGCCAUAAUGUUAUGGUCGUGUGCGACUUCGACCUGAACUUCACCUUCAUUUCUUGUGGCUGGGAGGGAUCUGCUACUGAUGCUAAAGUUCUCCGGUCAGCACUUAACAGUGGGUUUCAUGUACCUCCGGGCAAGUUUUAUCUGGUUGAUGGUGGUUAUGCCAACACACCUUACUUCUUGGCACCGUAUCGUGGUGUUCGGUACCAUCUGAAGGAGUUUGCACGCGGUCGUCGUCGACCCCAAAAUCACAGGGAGCUAUUCAAUCUCUGGCAUGCCGUGUUACGAAAUCACGUCGAACGGGGAUUAGGAAUCUUGAAGAAGCGGUUCCCAAUCCUAAAAGUGGGCACGCAUCAUCGAAUAGAGAACCAAGUCAAGCUACCAGCAGCGGCGGCAAUCUUACAUAACAUCAUCCGAUCUGUAAAAGGAGAUGAGCGUUGGUUAGAUAACCAACCAAACAAUGUACCUGUCAUGAAUUUUGUUGAUCUUCCUGACGGUGAUAUUCCUCAAAAUCAUCAAAUCAACCAUGAAGGCGACAACCUUAGAGAUGCCAUUGCUCAUCAAAUAAGUCACUAUGAUGACUGCUCGAGGGUCACCAAGGUUGAGCCUCCUAAAAAAAGCUGUCGAAAGGGAUAGAGCAUCACCUCCUACAAGCAGUGUGACAAAGAGGAGGAGAGGGUCUCCCGAAGAAGAUAGAGCACAGUGGAAUGCAAGCCUUGAGAAAGAUCUUGUGGACUUGCUUCGUGAGCAUGCUACACCUGAACAUAAGGGUCAAAAUGGAUGGAGCUCAGAAGCAUGGAAUACGAUAGUGAAGAAAUUCCACCAGAAGAAUCCUUAUGCUAGGUACGAGAAGAAGAAAAUCCAAGAAAAGGAAAAAGAGUUAAAAAAAGAAUACAAGAUGAUCAAAGAGAUAAGGAAGCAAAGCGGCGUUUCACGGGACGACCGGCAGUGCAAGAUUCUAGCGGAUCCACCACUUUGGAAAAACAUCAUCAUAUCACACCCUAAAGAUGGAAAGUUCAAGACCAAAGCCUUCCCUCUUUUUGAAGCUUUGGGAGAAUUGCAUGAUGGUCAAACUGCAGAAGAGACAUAUAACUUCACCUCUAACGAGUCAUCACAUUGCUCAACCCAAUCACAUCUCGAGAAUCUUGGAGGAGCUGGCAAGAAUCAAGGAGAAACAUCAGCUGAUGGUGAGAAUCUUGGAGGAGAAAGGGUGCAGAUUGAUGAAGAUGUUGAGGAGGUGUACGUGCAAGAAAACAUUGCUGUGGAGCCCCAGCAAACUCAACCAAAUUUGGCUACUGCACCCUCAAGAAAUGGAGAAGAGAAAGAACCAAAGAGAAGGAGGCGGGCGAAUGGUGAUGUGGCUGCAAUGAUGGAGAAGUACUUGGAAAUAAGGACGAAGCAGGUGGAGGAUGAGAGGAAUAAGCCAAGGGUCGUGGAUGAGUACUCUAUCAAAAACUGCAUUGAUCUGCUGAAAACAAUGGACAUCACCCUGAAGAAGAAGUCAAGGCUUUCCGAGUCUUCAAGAUCCCCGAGAACCGAGAGAUUUUCAUGAGUGCCAGACCGGAGACUGCUCUUAUGUGGCUGAGAGCUGAAAUGGAAUAACUCAGGAGUUCUACAUAAGAAUGCUCCAGAAGAAGGGCGAAGGUGCCGCGACUUGGAUCUAUUUGUGUGUGCUUUUCAGUGGAAGGCUUCAUAUCUAUUCGCUGGGUUUUGUCCAUGUAAUAUUUGUAGAGAAACUAAACACUAUUUCUGAAACGACUGACUGUAGCGUGGAAGAAUUUGGGAGGAACUGAUAAUUAAGCUCUUGUGGUCUAUUCAACAUAUUAUAUAUUAUGUAUGCUCCAAAUUGCUAUUAUUUUUGUUAGUAUUUGUGCCCUGUUCAAAUCUUAGAAUUGUUGUUAUUGUUGGGA